AUGCAAUCUGCUUUCUACACAGCCUCCAACUCCCACCAGUUUCCACUUCCAAGGAAAAUCCAUGAAACCCAAUUCACAGCGCAGAGACCAUUCCCCAAGAAGCUCAAAACCUGCUUCAAAGCCCCAACCUUUACCAAUUCAUUGAGAACUUCAAUUGGAUAUGAACCAGAAGAAAGCCUUGGCAAAGAACCAGGACCCGCUACGCCAGGUCGUCUUCCGGUGGUGAUUCGGAGGUCAGGUAGAGUUUCUAGGUACUUCUGGGAUGGCAGUUGUUUGCAGUUAGUUGGAGUAGAUGGCGGUGCGGCGUCGUUUAGUUUCAAUUUCGAAGAUGGGUUCCGAAAAUUGUAUAGAAUCUGUAGUUUGGCUGUUAGGGAUUUCUUUAUCCCUAAACAAGUUAGUGGAAAUUACAUGGAUUAUGUGAAAUGGAAGUUCUUGCACCGGGUUUUCAGCUCGGCACUACAGGUCCUCGCCACUCAGGCAAUGUUUCGAGCUAUUGGCAUUGGGUACUCUCGUUCACUUCCAGCAGCUGCUGCCCUUAAUUGGCUCUUGAAGGAGGGACUUGGACGGCUGAGUAGGUGCAUCUACACUGCUAGUCUAGCAUCUGCUUUUGAUACCAAUUUGAAGAGAGUUAGGUUUUCAACAUCAGUGCUAUUCAGUUUGAGCCUUGGAGUUGAGUUGUUGACCCCUGCAUUUCCGCAAUACUUCUUGGUUCUGGCAUCCUUAGCCAACAUGGCAAAACAAAUAAGCUUGGCUUGCUAUCUAGCGACUGGUUCCGCUGUUCAUCGAAGUUUUGCAAUAGCAGAUAACCUUGGUGAAGUUUCUGCAAAGGCACAGAUUCAAACAGUGUGCUUUGAUAACCUUGGCCUUUUGCUCGCUGCACUGUUAAAUGUGUUGUUCAAGAACAGCCAAAGAUUGCAAACAGCCUUGCCUUUUUUUGUAUACCCCAUUUUCUCAGUGAUUGACCUCUUUGCAAUAUAUCAAGGGCUUAAACAUGUCCAUUUACAAACAUUAACUAAGGAUAGACUUGAAAUUAUACUAAAUACUUGGAUUGAGUUAGGUUAUGUUCCUGCACCUGCAGAAGUUAGUAAAGAGGAAGGAAUUGAUUUCCUAAGGAGCAAAGACAAAGGAUUAUGGCCUAUCAGAAUAGGGUACUUGGAUCCCAAGAAUCAGAUCCCUGAGUUGUCCAUAAUGACAAUGCGUUCUACAAGUGGUGAGGAUUAUUACUUCAUAUCCAUGGAGAUCUUCUACACAAGAAUUAGAAGAAGUAGGCGACAAGGCAUCCUUAUUUGUGUACGGGAAGGAGCCAGCACAACAGAUAUUGUCAUGGGUUUGUUACAGGCAUGCUAUAUCCGCAAAUCCCUCCUUAUGAACAAGUAUAGGUGGGAGAAUUUGUUUGAUGCUGGAGAUGAAUUAGAGUCAGCUCUGAAGGAGUGGUCUAAAUUAAUUGAGGAGUGCAAGUGCCGUGCACAAGGCGAUAUGUGCCUCUUGAACAAGCAAAUGCUGACUUUGGGUUGGGCUACGAAAAACAUUUUAUUGAGUUCGCAAGAACAGAUUCGAUACAGUUUUGUAGAUGACUGA